UGUCUCUUUGCAGUUUGAAACUGUCAGGUUGCUGCUAGGGUAGCCGCUGCGCUCACUGUUGUUUUACGGGCGACGUCGGCAAGAAGACGCGGACCGAGGAGUCCGGGUUCGUGAAGAACAACGACGGUUCAGAUGGUGUUCCAUGUACAGAUGAAACAUUUUAAAUAUUGAGGGGGAAAAACUGAAGUUAGCUUCUUCUGUUUUAUAGUAUCUGUGUAGAAUGUCAUCAGAUGAGGAGAAGAGCGCACUCCCAGUUAUGCAGAAUGACUCCAAGCGAGGCAGUUCUGUCUCUUCAGAUCUUCAGGAAGAGUAUGAAGAACUGCUGCGUUAUGCUAUAGUGACUCCAAAUAUUGAAUCAAGUGCUUCACAGCCAUCUCAUUCUAAGGGAGAAGUGGUGCCAGAUGUUAGAUUUCCUACUGUAAUUGAUGAUACUCGUCAUGACCAAGCAGGAAAUAGCCCUGUAGUAAGAGAAACAAGGAUGGAAGUUGGAAGAGGAUGUGAUUUAAAUAUUUCAAGUCAUUCAAAGACAGAAGAGUCGUCACCAGUGUCAUCACCAAGGAAGUCUUCUCACCCGGUCAUGGAUUUUUUCAGUUCAAAUCUUUUAGGCGACUCUUCCUCACCAGAGUUUAAUUUUAGCCAGGCUGGUGUCCAUGAAAUACUUACGGGUGAUUUUCUUAUUUCUGAUGAAAACCUUCAGAAAGUGGAAAAUGUAGUUGAUCUUUGGAGUUCAGGUCUUAAGACAAACAUCAUAUCUGAACUAACUAAAUGGAGACUUAAUUUUAUUGAUUGGCACCACAUGGAAAUGAAAAAAGAGAAAGAAAAACAUGCAGCACAUUUAAAACAACUGUGUAGCCAGAUCAACAGCUUGAAGGAGCUGCAAAAAGCCUAUGAAAUCUCCAUUGGGAGAAAAGAUGAGGUGAUUUCUAGCUUGUCUCAUGCCAUAGGCAAGCAAAAGGAAAGGAUAGAGUUGAUGAGAACGUUCUUCCACUGGCGAAUUGGCCAUGUCAAAUCCAGACAGGACGUUUAUGAAGGUAAACUAGCUGACCAGUACUUUCAGAGAACUUUACUGAAGAAAGUCUGGAAAGGUUGGCAUUCCAUAGUACAAAAGCAGUGGAAAGAUGUGGUGGAACGAGCUUGUCAAGCAAGAGCUGAGGAAGUUUGUAUCCAGAUUUCCAAUGAUUAUGAAACCAAAAUUGCUGUGUUAUCUGGAGCUUUAGAAAAUGCAAAAGCUGAGAUCCAAAGAAUGCAGCAUGAAAAAGAGCACUUUGAAGAUUCCAUGAAGAAAGCUUUCAUGAGGGGUGUAUGUGCAUUAAAUCUUGAAGCCAUGACUAUAUUUCAAAACAGAAAUGAUACAGGGAUAGAUUUCACAAAUAAUAAAAAGGACGAGCAUGGUUCUGGUGUUCAAGGAAAAGAACGUUCUGCUCAUUUGGACCCUUCGGCUACUCCAGGGCCCUCGGCAGUUGCACCAGCACCGUCCACACCAGGAGCAGCUGUGGGAGUGCCCAAUGCGGCUGUCUUUCCAUCUGCUGCCUCUAUCACUUCUGCAGGGGCUGCUUCCACCUCCGUUCACCUUCCUGUUUCCACUCCUCUUGGUGCUGGAUCGUCAGCUACUACUGCACCAGAAGAAACGUAUGUGCCCAGGGUUGUAACAUCUGCACAACAGAAAGCUGGAAGAACAAUUACAGCCCGGAUCACAGGGAGAUGUGAUUUUGCUGCAAAAAACAGAAUUAGUAGCAGUUUAGCUAUAAUGGGAGUUUCUCCUCCUAUGAGCUCAGUUGUUGUGGAAAAACAUCAUCCAGUCACAGUGCAAACCAUUUCUCAAGCUGUUGCAGCAAAAUAUCCCCGCACCAUUCAUCCAGAAAAUACUACCUCAGCUUCCAGAUCUCUCGGAACCAGAUCAGCUCACACCCAGUCUCCCACAAACAUUCAUUCUAUAAAAGUGGUUGACUAAAAUGAAUAUGUUCAUAUUAAGAUCUUUUAAUUCCUCUGGUUUUACCAAGGGUUAAAAGGCUUUAGUUUUUAAAUUUUCCAUAUUUUUAGAACAUCAUGGAUACAUCAUGUUCAUCUUUUCAAAAUUACAAGACUUUUUUGAAGCCAU